AUGGCCUUGGGAUUGAGCCUGUGGGCGGGCGCCCAAAGCGCAUACUCUGGCGUGAAAGCGGCUUACUUAAACGCUAAGAACGGACCAGAGUUCAACCUCGAGUCGUACAAUGAGGCGCGUAAAGACCCUUGCUACCUUGAACCAGAUUGCUUCGAGGAAGAUUGGACUGCUAUCGAAAAGCCGAAGAAGAAAGGUCGAAUUAAGUCCUCAUUGCGAUUAUCACUAGCAGAAGGCGGUGGAGAAGCAGAAGACGACGCUGACGCUAACGAUGACGAAGAGGAGGAGGAGGAGGAGGAGGAGGAGGAUACCACCUUGAAAUUCGAGCCAUACAUGAUCCAAAACACGCGUAACUUCGAGCAGCUUCGUUUAAAAGCCACACGCACCGCCGUCCGCACCGCGAGCGAAGCCGCAGAUGUCUCACUCAUCUACGUGAAAUGGGCUCUAAAAUUCGCCGCGCUCGAAGCCGCACACGACAUUGGCUUCCUAGCGAAUUGCCAAACCGCUACAGACGCGGUGAAUGCUGUCAAAGCACGCUUUCCCGUUCUCGAAGAUAUCCAACGAGCAUAUCAUCUCGGCGCAAACAAUUCUUCUUCCUCUUCGCAGCAGUGGUCGCCAGAGGAGAGGUUAUCGGCAAUGAGAGCGUUUCACUCGGAAGCUGGACUCAGACUUUCGAAUGAUGGGAGAGUGGCAGGUCAGUGGGAUGAUGGCUCCAUUGUUUCUGCCAUGACUGCGCAGCCACUCUACGAUCCCGAGACUGGUGCGGAGGUUGAGUUGGUUUUCGAGCGUGUGAUUCCCAGGGGUGAUGCUACGGCGUUCAAGAUACAGCAUCAGGCACCGAAGCAGACGAAGGGACUCGUUGACUCUGAAAACCAGCAAUUGAUGGCAUUUUCCGACGAUGAUGACAAUGGUCCAUUCCUGCCAGAGGGGGCAUCACAACAUCGCCACGGCUACAUCAAUCCCAGAUCCCAUCAAGUCACAGAAAAAUUCAAAAUCGACGACGACGACGACGACGACGACGCCAAUGUUGUAACUGACGAGAUGACAUUCCCUCAAAAAGCACCACCCCAUCAUCAUCAUAACCUCUCAACUCCCUCCUCUCCAUUCCAUCCAAGCCGCACCAACAGCAACCCGAACAGUACUCAUCUCCCUGCCACCUUCAACUUCCUCUCGCCCUAUCGCCAAGACCAUGAUGAUGAAGAAGAAGAAGAAGAAGAAGAAGAAGAAGAAGACGAUUCCUUCCAUUCCCAGUCUCAGACUCCAUACGAGUACCAUCAUCAUCAUCAUCAUCAUAAUCCAUGA